UGUAAGACUAAGGUUAGUUUUGGGAUAACAGAAAUUUCCACACUUUACCAGUGCAUAAUCCAGCAACAGAGCAGUUUUUCUUACAAACUCAUUCGUGCUAACUUGACGCAUGUGAACUAGAUGUUUCAAAACUCAAAAUUAAAAUGGCCUCAACACAAGAAAACGUUUGGAACUGUGCCACCUGCUCAAAAACUUUCAAAACUAAGCGGAACUUAACCAAUCACAUUUUAACGCACGACCCCGAGACGAAGGUGAAAUGUCAGGUUUGCGGGAAAGUUUCGACAAACUCACGAACCUUGUCAAUACAUGCUUUAAUGUAUCACACUAAUCGGAAAGGGCCAAGUUGCAACAUUUGUCAACGGGUAUGUUCUACGCCAUCCAACUUACGAAAACAUAUCGCCACCGUCCACAGCACGAUCGAACGACCUCGUUUUCCAUGCCGAUGUGGAAAAACCUACUCGAGCAAGAAUGGUUUAUUGAAACAUAUAAAAACUGAACAUUCCGAAAGUCCGGCCAGGUUCCCGUGCACACUUUGCGGUAAAGAAUUCAAAACCAGGUGCUCCCUUGAAGAACACAUUUCCACCCACACGACGGAGAAAGCCUACAUUUGUUCCACGUGUGGGAGGGGUUUCGGUCAUUCGUCAGCUAUGAGACGUCACGAAGUACGAAUAAAUGUGCCUUGCAAUACAUUUGGAAAAAUCUACUCGUAG